GAGAAACUCUCUCCAAGCCUCACAGCUCUGGAGGUGUUGUGCCCUUCCACCAAUCUGCUUUUUCCACUGCAUGAUCCCAUGCUUGCCAGAAUGCAGGAAGCCCUCCUGGCAGUGAGGGAGGGCACUGCUGAACAGAGCUUGCCAUCAUAUUGCAACAGGGACAGCCGGCAAGGGCUACUGGACUGCUGUAAGGGGCAGUACUGGGCUCAGAGUAAGGGCAACCUUCCACAAUAAAACCCCCACAUUCUCAAUGCUGCAAGUCCUACAGUAUCUAGAAAUGAAUUUUCAUCACAUGCUACCAUGGGCUAUAACACUUCAUAAUACUCGAGCUUCCUGUCCAGACCCACUUUGAGUACUGAUCUUAGAAAGAACAAAGUUCACUAUGUGCAAAAUGCUUUAACAAGAAUUUUUUCAUUCAUUUUUACAACCACCUUCUUGUAUUAGGACAUCUCCGCCUUGGGUCACGUCAAGCUUACUAUGGAAAUUUCUCAUCUCCUGUUUUGUUGUUGAUUGUAUUCUUAGGUAACAGGAUAACAGAAUCAAAAUGGUUCUUUCAAUCUUUAAUAGAAUUUGAGAGCAUCUCACGAUGGCAUUAGGUCACCAAGAAGCGGAUUAAAGAAGAAAUACUAGUCCUAAGAAGGUUCACAGGCGGAAACAAACUUCUGCACAAAUGCACCCAAUGAAGGCAUUGCUGGAAAAGUCUUCCUUGGGGAAAUUAUAGGUUUCUUUCUGCCUACUAGUUUAGGUAGCGUAAAUAUCUUGGAUCAUAGUUCCUUGCAUAUUUCCAUAAUUAACAAGGAUGCUGCCACCCCCUUUCCCCAGCAAACAGUCACCCGUCUGUGAUGUCACCGUGAUGCACACGGUCACCACGGUGACGUUUGUGACCAUCCCAACCCACUCCCCACUCCUCACACCACGGGUGCCAUUGCGCUCCAUUCUGCUGCUGGCAGGACGACCCUGGUUGGCCGGGGAGACCGCUGCGGACAGAAAUUUCUGUCAGGGCGAACAAUUAAUGAUUCAAAUGGAGACAUCUUCAUCAGAAACUCCUGGAGUUUCUGCUCCAAAUGCUGACUUGGCAGACUCGGCUUCUCCUGUCCCACAAAGACGGGGUAAAAGAACCGCUCGGGAUGCUGCCUUAGGACCGACACGAGAAGAAAACACUUCUCAGGGUUCACAGGAGGAAUCCUGUGCAAAAAGACAACGGCUUAAUCUUUCCACCAAGGGCUCCUGCAAAGCCCGUGACUCGUCAUGCUUCUUUCUAAAAAAGCUCCGUGAAAUUGUGGAAAGCGACUGCUUUCAGUCCAUCUGGUGGGGUGACGAUGAAAACUCCAUUGUGAUUGAGGAAACCCUCUUCAAAACAGAAGUGCUGGGAAGGACAGGACCUCUGCACAACCUCAACAUUGGUUGCAUGAAAGCUUUCGUUCGCCAGCUCCAUCUGCACGGAUUCUUCAUUGUGGACAGCGAUUUGCCCACAUCUGCCUCACGGGCAAAAUUCCCAGCAGGUGGAGCCGCGUCUCUUCCCAGUGAGGUACGCACUCCCCCUGCCCAUAGGACACCUCUCGGGACAGGUGGGAUUGGUGGCCGGUCCCACCUGAGGGGGCUGCAAGUUGGUGAUAUUUGGGUUUCCAAACCCGCUUUCCUGCUUUUGAAAAUCCUAAAAUUUCUGCUUGCUAGUUAAUGUAGCUUUGUCUUUUCCAAGCUGGAAAAUG